AUUGCUGGUAGAGGCAAACGUAGUUGAAAAUUCAACGUGUUCACAACGUAACACAACACAACAACUGUAGCAUAAUAGCGCUCUGUAAACGGUCUGAGAGAAGAUAAUAAACUGAAAGUACGUCAAUAAAAGACGAAAGAGCGAGUGAGUAAUUGUACCUGGUUUAAAUUGGUAUUGUUUCAGUCGGGGCGGAAUUGUGCUGAAGAAGUGAAAACUGAAUAUUUUGUGAGUUUGUAGACGAUCGGUGAUGGUCAUACAGUGAAAUUAGUUUGCACGAAGCAGUUGAAGUGAACAGAGCAUAGAUUUAAAUACUAUAAUUUCAAUUGUUGAUUUGACCGCGGAUCAAAGCACCGAAAAGUGAAGAAAAAGUAUAUGAUAAUAAAUGAAAUAAAAAAAGAGUAUUUCAUAGAGAAGAACCGAGUGAAAAGCAAAUAUAUAAACAUACAUACAGUAAAAACAGUUCGACAGGAGAACAUUAAACAGUAAACAGUGCAUUGUGAACAGUUAUUUAACAUUGUUGUGCAAAUAUUUAAGAAAAACCGUGCAAAAAAAAUUAUGGUUUUCACCUGAGCCAGGGCUUAGAUGUACACACGCCAGGUGACUAUGCCUCCCAAAGUACACUCAGCCCCACUGAAAUGGACAUAAAGCGCGUGAUGCACUUUUCACAAACGGGUGGAUUAGCGGCUAUCACCGCCGCAAUGGGCGGCUCACCUGUGGGUGGACACGCUGCCAGCAAUGGCAACUCCAUUAUGGGCACAGCCAGCAUGGGCCAUAUUAGCGGUGGCAGUGUUGGCGUAAGUGGCAACCUUAAUGGUUUACAUCAUUUGGCCGGAGGCAAUCACAUGCAAACUUCCGUCGGCCAUCAAACUCUAUCGCCAAACUCAUCCAUUGGUUCUGCAGGAAGUAUGGGUAGCCAGGGUUCACUCGGUUCCUUAGGACAUGGACAAGGCCAUAAUGCAGGCGUUAGUAGUAAUAGCGGCAAUAGUCUUCACCACCAUUCCACAUCUCCGGGCCAGGAAGGUCACAUUAAACGCCCAAUGAAUGCUUUCAUGGUUUGGUCUCGUUUACAGCGACGGCAAAUAGCAAAGGACAAUCCGAAAAUGCACAAUUCGGAGAUUUCAAAACGUCUUGGGGCCGAGUGGAAAUUGCUAGCCGAAUCAGAGAAACGUCCUUUCAUCGACGAAGCCAAGCGUCUGCGCGCUCUUCACAUGAAAGAACAUCCAGACUACAAAUAUCGCCCACGUCGAAAGCCAAAAAAUCCACUCGCUGGCGGACCUCAAGCACUUCAAAUGCAAGCCGCGCAUAACCAACAAAAGUUGGGUGGCUGUUCAGGCGGAGCUGGCCCUGGUGCCUAUAACCCAUUCCACCAAUUACCAUAUUUCGCGCCUCCUCACCAUCUCGAUCAAGCCUAUCCAGUGCCGUACUUCAGCGGCUUUGAUCCACUCGCGUUAUCGAAAUUGCAUCAAACACAGGCUGCCGCCGCAGUAGCAGCAACAAACCAAUCUCACAACGUACUUGAAGCCCAAAAAGCACCACAGAUGCCACCAACGACACUUAGUAGUUUCUAUUCGGGCAUCUACCCUGGCAUGACAGCACCUUCAUUAUAUGCCGCACGCUCGGCUAACGCUGCAGCGGCGGGACUCUACAACUCAUCGUCGACAUCUUCCCCAGACUCCUCCCCCGGCACCAUGACACCUAAUGGCAUGGAAUCUUCAGUUUCAUCAGCGAUGGAUAAUGCGCUUAGGCGACCGGUACCGGUGCUGUAUUAAAUUAUAAACAAAAACAAUUUAGCGUAGAGAGUACAAUUGAAGUUUUAUUCGCUUUGUUAAAAUCAAGAACUAUUACCUCGAGUGUCCCGUAGUUGAUUCAUAUUCGUAAGUAAGUGAGUAUUACAGUGCAGAACUGUAGUAUGUAUUGACCAAAUACCAACUAAAUAUGUAUUCUUUAUGAGUAUUCACACACAAGAUUCCUUUGUCAAGUUAUCAUGUGAUUUUAAAUUAGCAAAGAAAACAAAAAAAUAAUUAACUUUAUUAUUAAUACAAUUUUUAUGGUAGUGUAAUUAGAACAAUAAGUAAAGCAUUUUUAUGAGCCAUCUAAUGAAUUGUACAUGAAGAAGUUUGUUUGGUAGUGUGUAACUUUCAUAGAACUCCUCGAAAAACCAUACCGUGAAUAAAUUAUAAACAUACCAAAUUUUUUGACAAUUUAUAAGUGUUAAAGACACCAGCGAAACUGAAAUAAGCUAUCAUUUUAUAGGCACACACAUUGGUUUAAAAAUCAUUAUACCCGCGGACACUUCUUUCCCAAUGCUCGCACAACAAUUCAUGUAUGAUAAUAGCAUAAAGGAAUCGAGAUUAAUAUAGAAAUGUACUAAAGAUAUUUAACAAAAGGCUCAGAAUGAUGAAAUGAGUCGACUUAAUCAUGUCUGUCCAUCCAUCUGUCUGUCUGACCGUCUGUCCGAUCGUCCAUACAUUCGAUAACUCGAGGAAAAGUUAAUGUAAUUGAAGACAAUUGUCCAAGGUAGGUUGGUAUUGAAAAUGGGACAUUAAUCGAUCACCUCCCAUCUAAC